UCGAUUCUUUGCUGGUCGCUAGAAAUCCUGAUCUGAAAUAUCUGCGUAUUUCUUUAAAUAAAAAAUGAAUGAAAAUGAAAAUGGAAAUAUCUGGGAGCCGAUAAGGCUGCCGCGUCCUCCCUCUCUCCUGCGGUCCUGCUCCCGUAUCUUCUUCCGCCGCCGUUCUCUGGUGUAGGCUCUGUCGUCGUUAUCCUUUUCUUCCCUUUGAUUUUUAUCCAGUCAAUCCUAUCCUACCGCCGCGUGCAGGUGUCCAUCUCGUGGAGAUUUUUUCUUCCACACGUGGCACAUGCUCUCCUCGGUUGCUGCUGUUGUUCUCUAGUCCAUGAACCUGCCGCACUUAUCCCCUCCGCUCUCUCUGAUUUUCUAUCAGCCGCUCGGUCUCUGCUUCUUCUUGUGCGCACCGGUCGCCGGGUCAUCUUCCACCUCCGGCCGUGGAGCUCUCACGGCCAUCUCCUGCCCCAGCCGAAGUCCCAUGGCGCGGCUCUCUGCUCGGCGCUUGCUUCUCUUCCUCCCCUGCGCAGAGCCGCGUCCUGCUCCUCCGGUGCUUCUCCCUGCACGCCGGAACUCGCCCAGUUCGCCGUGGUUGCCGAGCUCGGCCCUGCCCAUCUCGUCCAUGUCACCGCCGUCCUCAAGCUCGGUCUUCUCCCUGCUCCUUCGAUUCGGUGCCGCGCGCAGUUCCCACGGUGCCCUGUGUCUCUCUGGUGUUUCCUCCCUGCGCGUCCGAAAUUUCCUUGCUGGCUGGCGCUUGGUCCAUGCUCCACUAUGUCGUGCUGUUUCUCUGCACGCGUCAAGCUCACGCGCUGAAUCCAACCCCAUGUUGACGCGUUCAUGUUUCAGCUUGUCGUGCCGCGUCGUCAUCACUUUCUGUCGCGAGCUCGAUUCCCGUUGUCAUCGGGCUUUGUGCGUACUCGUGUUUGCCGUCGAGUCGUUGAACCCGUCAUCCCCUGCUCAACCCUAUCCCGCCAGCUCGCUCCAGAUACAAUCUCGUCAUCGUCCCGCGCGUCAUCAAGAAUCCCAAGAAUCGGGUGAAGACGAAGCUAGCAGCGCGAUAUUCCCUAAGCGCUCGACAAAUUGCCUGUAUCAGAAAAUCGCUACCGAUCUCAUGGAUUCGUGGCAGCUGUUGAAACGGUACGUUAAUUAAUCGCGUAAUGCGGAAGACAAGCCAAGUCGACUCCAAGCGCGGGCUAACCCGCAGGAUGAUGCAGAUGGAUAACCCGAUCAAGUACCAAGACAAAGGCUGCUCGUCAAGCGAACGUCACCUAACAACACUAACCUAGUGUUACUCAGGCAAGCCCCGGUGCAUGCAACCCCUUUCCUUGUGUUUUUAAAUACUUUUCGCACACUUUAAGUCUAGUGAAAUGUGCAUUAAG